AUGCAGUUAUCACGAACAGCUUACCGCGCCGCACUCUUUCAUCUCAGUGUGAACCCCGUUUUCGUUCGCGCAUCCAUCCAGCCCACCUGGUCAUUGAGUUCCAACACUGCGCACUUGACACACUCAGUCGGCUCCACAUCAACCUUUACCUCGUCCUCGUCCUCGCGACUCUACAGCAUCCUCUUCCCCGAGUGCAUCGCCGACAACACAAAAAAGAACAACAAGACUCUUAUUCCACACCACACCAUGUCCACAUCAAGUACCACGGGCAAUCCAACCUCCCCAUCCGCGCCCCAGGACGCGUCCGACUCACCGCAUCAGCACCAAGACCAACUAUCUCCAUCCCAAACUCGAGAACCUGUCUCACAAUCCGACUCCGACGCACAGGUAGAGACACAGACGAAAAAGGAACCGUUGUAUCUCCCGCCCUCGAGUGAUGCAGAUCACCAACAAUCGGGCAACAUUCGUCUAGAUGUCAAUUCCGACAGCGGCGUCACGCUAGAUCAUCUUGGACCCAUGGUCGUCAAUGUUGAUGGGUCGUUGUCGCGAAUCGGGAAUUGGGCGCAGAUGGCGGAGAUUGAGCGGAAGAAUACGUUACGGAUUAUCGGGAAGAGGAAUAAGGAGAGGUUGGCCAAGUUGAGGGCCGCUGAGGGGCAGUAA